UUGAUCAGCUCUGCAGCCGCACAGCAGCGGGCAGAAUAACCCAGCACUCUGCAUACAUGAACUUUGGGUGUUGAGACUGGUCGAUCCGGUAGCUUUUCGACUGCCAGUGCUGCUGGGAACUUCCAUGAAGGCGGGCACUCCGAAAAGUGGGGUUCAAGCCGUAUGCCGUUAGUUUCGGCCGCCCCAUGACCCAUGAGGAGCACAGCUCCGGUCAGGAACCGGCCAUCACAGUGGGAGCCCACGGCUCAGCAUGGUGGAAGGGUUGGUAGGAUCAACAUCAACCACACCGUUACUUCGGCCGCAGUCUACUGUACCUAGGGACCUACCUUGACUCGACGCAAUCCCAUGCCAGUUGGGUUACACCUCGCGUGACCAAUCGUCGCUCCCGCGAAAUUUGACGUCGAUAAAGCUACUCGCGGUCAAGCAUUUGACUAACCAUGCCAGCCUUGCUUGGAUGGCAUAAGACUGCUCCGCAAAUGCAGGCCGAACUUACCGGGGUCUCACCUUGCAGAUUCGGGUGGUAUCGUUUGGAGGCCCCCGUAUCCCGGAUGCUGGAGGUAGAUACCAGGUAGUGAAAUAAAUGUGAUGGAAUCGUCAAAGGGCCGGGAGGUGAGCAAUUUCGCCUGUCGAAUGCCGCCUUUGGGCAUCCCUUCCGCUCGUUCUGGCUGGCUUCUUGCGUUGUUUCUUUUGGUCUUUCGCGACAACAAACAAUGAAGAUUAUGCCAGCGCCGUCGCCAACAUUCGGCGGUUGCCUGCCCAAGCAAAUCCGAAGAUAUCUCCCGGCGUCUCUGAUUUUCAUUCUUGUGGCACUCUUUUUUCUUUCAAGCUCGGGGUCGUACGGAGAUAUAAGCGCGGAGAUUGCUUAUCACUCAGCUUUGAGCACUGGCCAAUUCCCAAGAAAGAUUUGGCAGAGCUGGAAGGUGGACCCAUUGGGGUUUGAGGAAAGGGAUUCGACAACAGCGAGAACAUGGACUUCGAAAAAUCCUACCUACCGAUACGAAGUUCUGACGGAUCAGAAUGACCUCUACUACGUUGAGACGCAUUUUGGUCCUAUGGGCUUCAAUCGGCCAGACAUCGUAAACACAUACAAGUCAUUGACCGCGCGGAUCAUCAAGGCGGACCUGUUGCGAUACCUUGUCAUGUAUGUCGAAGGUGGGGUUUAUACCGACAUUGACGUCGAGGCUCUCAAGCCCAUUGACCGGUUUAUUCCCAGCCGAUACAAUGAGAAGGAUAUUGAUAUGGUCAUUGGCAUUGAGGUUGACCAGCCUGAAUUCAAAAAUCACACCAUACUCGGCUCCAAGUGCCAGUCGUUUUGCCAAUGGACGUUUAUGGCCAAGCCGAGGCUUCCAGUCAUGAUGAGACUCAUUGACAACAUCCUGAAAUGGCUGUACGAGGUCGCAAACCAACAAGGCGUGUCGAUAUCCGACAUCCAGCUUGACUUUGACGAGGUGAUCAGUGGCACAGGCCCGUCAGCCUUCACUAGGGCAAUUCUCGCCGAAAUGGCUGUCAAGGCCCGUCAAGACAUUUCUUGGGACUGCUUUCACAAUCUCGGCGAGUCCAAACUCGUCGGCGGAAUUCUCGUCCUGACUGUGGAAGCCUUUGCAGCAGGCCAGGGACAUUCCGACUCUGGCAAUCACAAUGCGAAAACCGCUCUGGUAAAGCACCAUUACCAUGCUUCUGGCUGGCCAACCGCUCAUCCCCGGUAUAACCAUCCGAUAUAUGGUGAGGUGGAACGGUGCAAUUGGGAUGUUGAUUGUGUUAGGGAGUGGGACGCAAACAUGGCUGCGUUUGACGCUCUGUCGCCGGAGGAGCAAGCGGAGCAAAUCGCCCUCAAGGCGGCAGAAAAAGAAGCAGCCUUUGCUGCAGAGGCGGCGGCUGCUGCCAUUGCUCCACCAGACCUCCAGAUCGUGCUUCCCGAAUAAUAUCUCAAUGCAACAUAAACACAAGUAGUUGUGACCCCAAAUUUAUUCGCUGACCAAAGUUUCCUGGUCAUUGGAUUCACCGCAGUGUAGGAUGGGCCGAUGUCUCGCAAGC